AUGAUGUGCACAAAGCUUGUAUCAUUUCGGUUGAUUCUCAUCUCGUUUUUCUUUUCAGUUCCAAGGCUUUCUUCCUUGGAAGUUUCUGGUGUUUCUUUAGCCAAUGCUACUGUUGUGGUUGGCCAUGAAGCUGCAGAGGAUGAAGAGGUGGAAGCAAGUGCUCUAUUGAAAUGGAAAGCCAGCCUUGAUAACCAAAGCCAGGCUCUCUUGUCUUCUUGGUCCACCCUUACUAGCCCUUGCAAGUGGAAGGGAAUAGUUUGUGAUGAAUCCAAUUCUGUCAGAACUGUAGAUGUUACAAACUUUGGACUGAAAGGUACACUUCUCAAUCUCAACUUGUCAUCCUUUCCUAAGCUGAUGAGGUUGUAUAUAAGUUACAACGACCUCAGUGGACCUAUUCCCCACCAAAUUGGUCACAUGUCCAGAAUUUCUCACUUGGAAAUGGACCAUAAUCUCUUUAGUGAUUCCAUCCCCCAAGAGAUAGGGGCUCUGCAUAACUUGGAGCAUCUCUCCUUGAGAGCAAAUCAACUUUCUGGUUCCAUCCCACAAACAAUUGGAAUGUUGACAAAUCUUGUUAUACUUGAUUUGUCAACCAACCAUCUCUCUGGUGCAAUCCCUUCAGUUAGCAACCUGACAAAUUUAGAACAACUUAUACUCUACAACAACGUUCUAUCUGGCCCUAUUCCUGAGGAGUUGGGAGGACUUCAUUUUCUCAGAAUCAUCAAAUUGAUACAAAAUCAUCUUUCCGGGACAAUCCCAUCUUCCAUAGGAUACCUGGCUAAUUUGAGAAGGCUUCAGCUCACUCGUAAUAAACUAAAUGGAUCAAUUCCUUCCUCUCUUGGAAACUUGACAAAACUCAGUGAAUUGUCCAUGGGUGAGAACAAGCUUUCCGGAUUAAUUCCAGCUUCCAUAGGAAACUUGGUCAAUCUGCAAAAGCUUAACCUUGCAGUAAACAGUCUUUCUGGAUCUAUUCCCUAUACCUUCAGAAAUUUGACAAAGCUCACCUUCCUGUUACUUUAUAUGAACAAACUUACAGGAAGUUUUUCAACAGCAACAAGUAACCUUACCAAUCUAGUAAGUUUACAAAUAAGCUCAAAUCACUUCACUGGCUCUUUGCCACAACAUAUUUGCCUUGGAGGUUCACUUUUAUAUUUUGCUGCCGAUAUGAAUAAUUUCACAGGUCCAAUUCCAACAAGUUUGAAGAACUGCUCUAGCCUUGUGAGGCUCAACGUUGCAGGAAAUAUGUUGACUGGAAAUAUUUCAAAUGAUUUUGGUGUAUAUCCAAAUUUGGAGUACAUUGAUCUGAGUAGAAAUGGCUUUAAUAGCCACAUUCCAUCAAAUUGGGCCAAAUUCCACAAUCUCAUAGGUCUAAUGAUCUCAUACAACAAUUUAUUCGGUGGUAUACCCCCAGAGCUAGGCCAGGCACCUAAGUUACAAAAGCUUGGACUGUCUUCAAAUCAUCUAACAGGAAAAAUUCCGAAAGAACUUGGAAACUUGACCUACUUGUCUGAACUCUACUUAAGUAACAACAAUCUCUCAGGCAACAUUCCCAUAGAAAUAGGAUCCUUAAAGCAACUUUGGAAAUUCGAUUUUGCAACAAAUAAUUUAAGUGGGCCAAUCCCAGAACAGCUCGGACAGUUGCGCAAAUUAUUUCACUUGAACUUAAGCCAUAACAAAUUCAUGGAAAGCAUCCCCUCUGAAUUUAGCCAAUUGAAGUAUCUUCAAACUCUUGAUCUUAGUUUUAAUUCUUUAAAUGGAAAAAUUCCAGUAGCACUUGGAAAAUUGAAGAUGUUGGAAAACUUGAAUCUCUCCCACAACAAUCUCUCUGGAAACAUUCCUUCUAGUUUAAAGGAUAUUCUGAGUUUGACAGAAGUUGACAUAUCUAACAACCAAUUAGAGGGUGAAAUUCCUAACAGUGCAGCCUUCCUUAAAGCUCCACUUGAAGCAUUGGCAGAAAACAAAAACUUGUGUGGCAAUGCUUCCGGGUUGAUGGCUUGCCCACAGUUUACAAGUCACAAUCAUCAUGAUAAAAAGGUCAUGAUGUGGGCUUUGGGUGCACUAUUACCAGCAGUGUUUGUGUUUGGAGUUUCACUAUACGUUCAUUGGCAAAGAGCAAGAAAAGCCGAAAAGCAAGACAUAAAAGAACAAACUCGAGAUCUUUUUUCUAUAUGGAGUUAUGAUGGAAAAAUGGUGUAUGAAAAUAUCAUCGAAGCAACCAAUGAUUUUGAUGACAAAAAUCUCAUUGGAGAAGGAGCGUUUGGAGGUGUUUACAAGGCUAUCUUACCCUCUGGUCAGAUUGUUGCUGUGAAAAAACUUGACGCGGGAGUUGACAGGGAAAUGCUUGAAUUUAAGGCUUUUACAACUGAAAUUCGAGCCUUGACAGAAAUAAAACAUCGUCACAUUGUGAAGUUGCAUGGGUUUUGUGAACAUCCACGCCACUGUUUCUUGGUUUAUGAGUUCCUAGAAGGUGGCAGCUUGGAUAAAGUACUAAACAACGACACACAUGCAGCAAUGUUUGAUUGGAAUAAAAGGGCUAACGUUGUUAAAGGUGUGGCAAAUGCUUUGUAUCAUAUGCAUCAUGGUUGCUCUCCGCCUAUUGUUCAUCGUGACAUAUCAAGCAAGAAUGUUCUUAUAGAUUUGGAAUAUGAAGCUCGCAUAUCUGACUUUGGAACAGCAAAGAUUCUAAAUCCUAAUUCACGCAAUUUAACUCAGUUUGCAGGCACUUAUGGAUAUGCUGCACCAGAGCUUGCUUAUACAAUGGAAGUGAAUGAGAAAUGUGAUGUGUUCAGUUUUGGGGUGCUUUGUUUGGAAAUAAUAAUGGGAAAUCAUCCACGAGAUCUCAUUUCUUCAAUGCUUUCACCCUCUUCAACACCAUUGACAUCUAAUUUGCUAUUGAAGGAUGUCAUGGACCAACGACUUCCUCUUCCAGUGAUGCCAGUUGUUAAGGAGGUAGUCUUCAUUGCAGAAGUGGCAUUUGCUUGUUUGAAUAAUAGACCACUUUCUCGUCCAACCAUGGAAGAUGUGUAUAACAAGUUUGUGAUGCCUAAGUCACCUUUAAUGAGGGGGACACUCAACACCAUUGCACUUGGACAACUUCGAAAUUAUUGA